AUGUUAAAAAGGACAUCAGAAAAUAACUCCAAUCCUAUCGAAUUCUCAAUGCAAGGAUUUUCAGAUUCACCAAAACUUAAAUUUCAUCUUUUCAUUACAUUUUUACUUAUUUAUCUCACUAUUGUAAUUAGUAAUCUCACCAUUGUUGCAUCUAUCAUAUCGUGCACUCAUUUACACACACCUAUGUACAUUUUCUUGUGUAACCUAUCAGUCAUUGAUAUUUUUUAUACAUCGACCAUUCUACCCAAAUUGCUGGACAUGCUCUUCACACAAUGUAAGACCAUAUCCUUUGCAGGGUGUUUCAUUCAGAUGUAUUUCUUCAUUGCCUUUGCUUGCUCAGAAUUUUUACUACUGGCUGUUAUGGCUUACGAUCGCUAUGUAGCAAUUUGCAACCCUCUUCAUUAUUCUCUACUUAUGAGUCCCAAGACGUGUGCAUAUCUGAUACUAGGAAACUGGAUUGGAAGCUUAUUGGAUCCAAUUCCACACACAAUCUUAAUUUCAAAGCUGUCCUUCUGUUCAUCUCACCACAUUAACCAUUUUUUCUGUGAUGUUUCUCCAUUGCUUAAACUUUCCUGCAAUGAUACGUCUUCUGUUGAGAUGUGGACUUUUAUUUUGGGGGGUGUAAUAGGUAUGAGUUGUUUUACACUCACAUUAGCAUCAUAUGUUUUUAUUAUCUCUUCAAUUCUAAAUAUUCAGUCAGAAACUGGUCGACGUAAAGCCUUUUCUACCUGUGCCUCCCACAUUACCUGCGUUUUCACCUUUUAUGGAACAAUGACCUGCUUGUAUAUGAGGCCCAGAGCUAUGUAUUCUCCAGGACAGGACAAGUUUUUUGCUCUACUAUACGUCAUUCUUAUCCCAAUAGCAAAUCCGCCUAUAUAUACUCUGAAGAACACAGAUUUUAAAAAAGUGUUUAAACAAAUCAAGCUUUAUUAA